GGUGUCGCCAUCUUGAGCCCGCCAUUGUAGGCCAAACGCCAUUAAUGAGUAAACAAUACAAGGAGAAUGGAUUCGACAUUUAAAUUAGUUGUUAAAUGGAGUGGAAAAGAAUUUCAAGUAGAGUCUUUAUCUCCGAGUGACACCGUAGGCACAUUAAAGGAUGUCAUUCGCAAGCUCACUGGCGUCCUCCCUGAGAGGCAAAAGCUGCUCAACUUAAAAUACAAAGGGAAGACUCCGGACGAUGAAGUUCAUCUUUCGGCCAUGAAUAUGAAACCUGGCUUUAAGAUUAUGAUGAUGGGCUCCCUUGAAGAAGAAAUUGAAGCGGUGAGCCUUCCUCCAGAGGAUCUCCCUGACGUUGUCAAUGACUUUGACAUACCUGAGGGAGAGGAGGUUGACAUUUGCAAUAGAGAGGUGUACCUGUCAAAGAUUACUAAACGAAUUUCGGACUACAAGAUUGUUGAAAGAAAUCCACCAAGGCCAGGGAAGAAAUUAUUGGUACUUGAUAUUGACUACACUCUAUUUGAUCAUCGUUCACCUGCAGAGACUGGGUACGAACUUAUGCGACCUUUUCUUCAUGAAUUCCUAACUGAAGCUUAUAAGGAUUAUGAUAUUGUUAUCUGGUCUGCAACCAGCAUGAAGUGGAUUGAGGAAAAAAUGAAAUUGCUCGGUGUGGCCACUAACCCAGCUUACAAAAUUACGUUCUAUGUGGAUUAUCUUGCAAUGAUUACUGUUCACACUCCCAAGUAUGGUGUUGUUAAUGUGAAACCUUUAGGUGUUAUAUGGGGAAAGUACCCAGAAUACUACUCUACUAAAAAUACUAUCAUGUUUGAUGAUAUCCGUCGCAACUUUUUGAUGAAUCCGUCCAAUGGGUUACGAAUUAGACCUUUUCGCCAGGCCCAUAUGAACCGCAAGACUGAUCGUGAGCUUCUAAAGCUAACAAAGUAUCUUCAAAAAAUUUCUAAGGUUGAAGAUUUGUCUUCUCUUGAUCACCGCCAUUGGGAGCGUUAUUUAAGUGAUAAACAUCAAGAUGGUGACUCCAAAAACGAAUAAUGACUUUGAUUCAAGGAGAAUAUACUAAAUGAAAAGCUGAAUGAUUUAUUAAACCUUUUCCUCAAAUGACUGACACUUUAA